GCUAACAUGACCUUAGCUAAGUUAUUGUAUCUGAUAUUAUAGGCUUUCAGUAUUUAACAUGUGUGUAGUCGGCACAUAGACUUCAUCAAGGCUAAUCAAUAUAGCUUUGUACUCAUAAAAUGUCAGGGAAAAAACUAGAAAUUGAUGGUGUGACUUAUCGCAGGGCUACAUUGGCUGACCAUCGUGCUGUAACAGAACUCUCGAAUGAUGUGAACCCAUAUGAAGGACUUGACUAUUUGGAAUAUUUCUUUCCCAAGUACAUCAGCCAGGGUAACAGGCAUUGCUACUUAGCAGAGAAGAAUGGGAAGGCUCUGGCCUACAUGCAAAAUAUAUUGGUUGAUGGUGGACUAACAGCUAUAGGACAGGCUGGCAGAUCAGCCCCAGAUGUUCAGCACAAAGGCAUCUAUAAGACCCUAUUUGCCUACUUCGAAAGAGAGGUUAAUGCUAUGAACCCUCACUAUGAAAGAGUAUCCUAUACAGCAUACUUAUCAGAUUUCCAAAAAAAGUUUCUGAAAAAAGCAAUCUACAAGGUGGUAGAUACAAGGUUCGUCAGAGCAUAUAAAAUGAACACGUCACCGACAACAACGAUUGCCGACAAUGAUUCAAUCCAGAACAUUCCUGUCAAAGAAGUAAAGCAGAUCAACAUGCAAGAAAUGCUUGAAAUCCUAUGUGAUUUAUCAACUAAACAGAAAUUAUUCCCAAAAGAUAGCUUCAUCAGCCUUUGGAUGCCAUUCAGUACUAGCAUCGCUAUCCAAUCCAACAUUAAACAAAUCUAUGAUGACUCAACUGUAUAUGCAACUUUCGACAAAAAUGGCAGAUGCACCUCUGUUAUAUCAGCUACCAUAAUACAUUGCCCAUAUGGACUGAGGUAUGAUGUGAACUUCUAUGGUACAGGUGGGAGUGCUGAUCUACAAUUAUUAAAGGCUCAUAUUCUGAUACAAGCUAAACUAGCUUGGGACUACUCAAUUGAACACAAUAGGAAAGCCAUUAUGAAGAUAUUUUGGCCAACAGAAAUUCCACUAGAAAUGGUUGAUGAUUUUGCAUUAAACGUUAUGGGCUGGGAUAAGGGUCCCUUUUGGCAAUAUCCUCAAUAUAUAUCUGCUGUAGCAGACAAAGAAAAAGCACAAGUAACAACAUCAAAACUUUAGAUACUAGUAUGUAAUUUAUAAUUCGUGAAACUGAAGUAUAACAAUGACUGAUAAAAUAACUUGCAUCUUCCAUAGAGUCAGCUGGCCUUUUGAUACAAACAUUAUUUUCUGUAAAUCACAAAAGAAUCUCGAAAAGGUUUUUUUGAACAAUGUUCUGUAAUUGAUUGAUUUGUUUCAUAGAUGAGCAUUUUUUCAAAACUUUGUUAUUUACAAAAAAUAAAGUUUGUAUCGUCUCUUUAUACUAAUUGUAGGUAUCAGGAACAGGUGACAGAAAAAGCUGGGAAACAUGGUAUAUUUACAGUGAAAAUGUACAUAAAAUGGGUGUAUUUGCAAAAAAUAGAAGACAGGCUUCAUACCGUAGGUGGCCAAACCACCUUCAGUUCAGAGAGCUGGUAUCAAGUCUACUGAUAAUGCACGAUUGUAGGUUAUCCUUAAUCUGUAUUCAUUUCUAGAUUUAUAUUUUGAAUAAAAACA